CGAGCCCCGCCCCUUCCCUGUCGCGGCGCACGGAGGGCGGGGGAGGGGGGAGGGAGAAGGGCCCGCUGGAAGCCAAGAUGGCGGCGCGUGCGUGAGCGCGGCGCGGGCCCAGCUCCGAGCGGCGCCGUUGCGGCCGUUCCGCCCCGCCCCGCGCCCGCAGCGCCGCGGCCGCCGAGAGCCCGAGACUCCGCCGGGCGGCCCCGAACCACCCCGGGGGAGGGACGGAGGCCGAGAGCCCCCUCCCCCGCCGCCCCCAUUGUGUGCCCGGCCCCCGCCCGCCCGCCCGCCUCCCGCCGCCGCCGGGGGGUGCACCGGCGCGGAACAUGACCUCGAUCCACUUCGUGGUGCACCCGCUGCCGGGCACCGAGGACCAGCUCAACGACCGAUUAAGGGAAGUUUCAGAGAAGCUGAACAAAUAUAAUUUAAACAGCCACCCGCCUUUGAAUGUAUUGGAACAGGCCACUAUUAAACAGUGUGUGGUGGGACCAAAUCACGCUGCAUUUCUUCUGGAAGAUGGUAGAGUCUGCAGGAUUGGUUUUUCAGUUCAACCAGACAGAUUGGAAUUGGGUAAACCUGAGAAUAGUGAUGGUUCAAAGUUGAGCAGUGGCUCAGGGGCAGGAAGGACAUCCAGGCCAGGCAGGACUAGUGACUCCCCAUGGUUUCUGUCUGGUUCUGAAACUCUGGGCAGACUGGCAGGCAACACCCUUGGAAGCCGCUGGAGUUCAGGGGUUGGUGGAAGUGGAGGAGGAUCUUCUGGUAGAUCAUCUGCUGGAGCUCGAGACUCUCGAAGGCAGACCAGAGUUAUACGCACAGGACGUGAUAGAGGAUCUGGACUGCUGGGGAGUCAGCCACAACCAGUGAUUCCAGCAUCAGUCAUUCCAGAGGAACUAAUUUCACAGGCACAAGUUGUUUUACAAGGGAAGUCCAGAAGUAUUAUUAUUCGAGAACUCCAACGAACAAAUCUUGAUGUAAACCUUGCUGUAAAUAAUUUGUUGAGUCGUGAUGAUGAAGAUGGAGAUGAUGGGGAUGAUACAGCAAGUGAAUCAUAUCUUCCUGGAGAGGAUCUUAUGUCUCUUCUGGAUGCUGACAUACAUUCUGCUCACCCAAGUGUCAUUAUUGAUGCUGAUGCUAUGUUUUCAGAAGAUAUUAGUUACUUUGGUUAUCCAUCCUUUCGGCGCUCAUCACUUUCCAGGCUAGGCUCAUCCAGAGUUCUCCUUCUUCCCUUAGAGAGAGACUCUGAGCUGUUGCGUGAACGUGAGUCCGUUUUACGUUUGCGUGAACGAAGGUGGCUUGAUGGAGCCUCAUUUGAUAAUGAAAGAGGCUCAACAAGUAAGGAAGGGGAACCAAACCUGGACAAGAAGAAUACACCUGUUCAAAGUCCUGUUUCUUUAGGAGAAGACUUGCAGUGGUGGCCAGAUAAGGAUGGAACAAAGUUUAUUUCUAUUGGAGCUCUAUAUUCUGAGCUUGUGGCUGUUAGCAGUAAAGGAGAGCUCUAUCAGUGGAAAUGGAGUGAAUCAGAGCCUUAUAGAAAUGCACAGAAUCCUUCACUACAUCAUCCACGAGCCAUGUUCUUGGGGUUAACCAAUGAAAAGAUUGUGCUCCUUUCUGCAAAUAGUAUUAGAGCAACUGUUGCCACGGAAAAUAACAAGGUUGCUACAUGGGUAGAUGAAACUUUAAGCUCUGUAGCCUCUAAAUUAGAACACACUGCACAGACAUACUCAGAGCUUCAGGGAGAACGGAUUGUUUCUUUACAUUGUUGUGCUCUUUACACGUGUGCUCAGCUAGAGAACAACUUGUAUUGGUGGGGUGUAGUUCCUUUCAGCCAAAGGAAGAAAAUGCUAGAAAAGGCCAGAGCAAAAAAUAAAAAGCCGAAGUCUAGUGCUGGUAUCUCCUCUAUGCCAAACAUAACUGUUGGAACCCAGGUGUGUUUAAGAAAUAACCCCCUCUAUCAUGCUGGAGCAGUUGCUUUUUCAAUCAGUGCUGGAAUUCCUAAAGUUGGUGUGCUAAUGGAAUCUGUUUGGAACAUGAAUGACAGCUGUCGAUUUCAGCUUCGGUCUCCUGAGAGCUUGAAAAACAUGGAGAAGGCCAGCAAAACUACUGAAGCAAAACCUGAAAGCAAACAGGAACCAGUGAAAACUGAGAUGGGUCCUCCACCAUCCCCAGCUUCCACUUGUAGUGAUGCAUCUUCAAUAGCAAGCAGUGCAUCGAUGCCAUAUAAGCGACGACGAUCUACUCCUGCCCCAAAAGAGGAGGAGAAAGUGAAUGAAGAGCAGUGGUCUCUGAGGGAAGUUGUGUUUGUGGAAGAUGUUAAGAAUGUUCCUGUUGGCAAGGUGCUAAAAGUGGAUGGUGCGUAUGUUGCUGUGAAAUUUCCAGGCACCUCCAAUAAUGCAAACUGUCAGAGCAGUUCUAACUCCGAUCCUGAUCCUUCUUCUCUCCUCCAAGACUGUAGGCUGCUCAGGAUAGAUGAACUGCAGGUUGUAAAAACUGGCGGAACUCCAAAAGUUCCUGACUGUUUUCAAAGAACACCCAAAAAGCUGUGUAUUCCUGAAAAAACAGAGAUCCUAGCAGUAAAUGUAGAUUCAAAAGGAGUGCAUGCUGUUCUGAAAACUGGGAACUGGGUUCGAUACUGCAUAUUUGACCUUGCCACAGGAAAGGCUGAACAGGAAAAUAAUUUCCCUACUAGCAGCAUUGCAUUCCUGGGUCAGAAUGAGAGGAGUGUUGCUAUUUUUACAGCUGGACAGGAAUCGCCUAUUAUUCUUAGAGAUGGAAAUGGUACAAUCUAUCCAAUGGCAAAAGAUUGUAUGGGUGGGAUACGAGACCCUGACUGGCUUGAUCUUCCACCUAUUAGUAGUCUUGGAAUGGGUGUUCAUUCCUUAACAAAUCUUCCUGCUAACUCGACCAUCAAAAAGAAAGCUGCUAUUAUCAUUAUGGCUGUUGAGAAACAAACAUUGAUGCAGCACAUUCUUCGAUGUGACUACGAGGCUUGCAGACAAUACCUGAUGAAUCUUGAGCAAGCGGUUGUCUUGGAUCAGAAUCCACAGAUGCUGCAGACGUUCCUUGGCCACAGAUGCGAUGGAAACCGUAAUAUUCUGCAUGCUUGUGUGUCUGUAUGCUUUCCAACCAGCAACAAGGAAACAAAAGAGGAAGAGGGACUACCUCAUUCAGUGCACAAGAUGGACGGUGCUCACCGAAUGGAAGCAGAGCGCUCUGAAAGGAACACGUUUGCUGAAAGGCUCUCAGCUGUGGAAGCUAUUGCAAAUGCAAUCUCCGUUGUGUCAAGUAAUGGUCCAGGAAAUAGGGCAGGAUCAUCAAGCAGCAGGAGUUUGAGAUUAAGGGAAAUGAUGAGAAGAUCCUUGAGAGCUGCUGGAUUGGGCAGACAUGAGGCUGGUGCUUCAUCAAGUGAUCACCAAGACCCAGUUUCUCCGCCAAUAGCUCCUCCCAGCUGGGUGCCAGAUCCUCCUGCAAUGGAUCCAGAUGGUGACAUUGAUUUUAUCCUGGCCCCCGCUGUGGGAUCUCUUACCACAGCAGCGACUGGCACCGGCCAAGGACCCAGCACCUCCACAAUACCAGGUCCUUCUACAGAACCAUCUGUAGUGGAAUCGAAGGAUCGGAAGGCAAAUGCUCAUUUCAUACUGAAAUUGCUGUGUGAUAGUGUUGUUCUACAGCCUUAUCUCCGAGAAUUGCUGUCAGCUAAGGAUGCGAGAGGCAUGACACCGUUUAUGUCAGCAGUUAGUGGCCGGGCAUAUCCUGCUGCAAUUACAAUUCUAGAAACUGCACAGAAGAUUGCUAAAGCUGAAGCAACUUCCAGUGAAAAAGAAGAUGAUGUGUUUAUGGGAAUGGUUUGUCCUUCUGGUACAAAUCCAGAUGAUUCUCCUUUGUAUGUUUUGUGUUGUAAUGAUACAUGCAGUUUUACUUGGACUGGCGCAGAACAUAUUAACCAAGAUAUAUUUGAAUGCCGAACAUGUGGCCUGUUGGAAUCACUUUGUUGUUGCACAGAAUGUGCAAGGGUCUGUCACAAAGGACAUGACUGCAAGCUCAAACGAACAUCUCCAACAGCCUACUGUGAUUGCUGGGAAAAGUGCAAGUGUAAAACACUAAUUGCUGGGCAAAAGUCUGCUCGCCUUGAUCUCCUUUACCGCCUGCUUACCACCACAAAUCUUGUUACCAUGCCAAAUAGCAGGGGAGAACAUCUGCUGUUGUUUUUAGUACAGACAGUUGCCAGGCAAACUGUAGAGCACUGCCAGUACAGACCUCCUAGAAUCAGGGAAGAUCGUAAUCGUAAAACUGCAAAUCCUGAAGAUUCUGAUAUGCCUGAUCAUGAUUUAGAACCUCCUCGUUUUGCCCAGUUAGCCCUGGAACGUGUUUUACAAGAUUGGAAUGCCCUGAAGUCUAUGAUCAUGUUUGGCUCCCAGGAAAAUAAAGACCCUCUUAGUGCAAGCAGUAGGAUAGGUCAUCUUCUGCCUGAAGAGCAAGUUUACCUUAAUCAGCAAAGUGGAACUAUUCGCUUGGACUGUUUUACACACUGCCUUAUUGUCAAAUGUACAGCAGACAUUUUGCUGUUAGAUACUUUGCUGGGUACUCUGGUAAAGGAAUUACAGAACAAGUAUACGCCAGGCCGCAGAGAAGAAGCUAUUGCUGUUACAAUGAGAUUCCUGCGUUCUGUGGCAAGAGUGUUUGUCAUUCUUAGUGUGGAGAUGGCUUCCUCCAAAAAGAAAAACAAUUUUAUUCCACAGCCAAUUGGAAAAUGUAAACGUGUAUUUCAGGCAUUAUUGCCCUAUGCUGUUGAAGAGUUGUGCAAUGUAGCAGAAUCUCUGAUUAUUCCAGUCAGGAUGGGAAUUGCACGUCCUACAGCACCCUUUACCCUUGCUAGCACUAGUAUAGAUGCCAUGCAGGGAAGUGAAGAACUGUUUUCUGUGGAGCCUCUGCCACCCAGACCAUCAUCUGACCAGUCUAGCAGUUCUAGUCAAUCUCAGUCAUCCUACAUAAUAAGGAAUCCUCAGCAAAGACGAAUCAGCCAGUCACAACCAGUUCGUGGCAGGGAUGAAGAACAAGAUGAUAUUGUUUCAGCUGAUGUAGAAGAGGUUGAGGUGGUUGAGGGGGUGGCGGGUGAAGAAGACCAUCAUGAUGAACAGGAAGAACAUGGUGAAGAAAAUGCUGAAGCAGAAGGACAGCAUGAUGAGCAUGAUGAAGAUGGCAGUGAUAUGGAGUUGGAUUUGCUAGCUGCUGCUGAAACAGAAAGUGACAGUGAGAGUAACCACAGUAACCAGGACAAUGCCAGUGGGCGCAGAAGUGUUGUCACUGCAGCUACUGCUGGGUCAGAAGCAGGAGCUAGCAGUGUUCCAGCAUUUUUUUCUGAAGAUGACUCUCAAUCAAAUGAUUCCAGUGACUCUGAUAGCAGCAGCAGUCAGAGUGAUGACAUAGAGCAGGAGACCUUCAUGCUUGAUGAGCCUCUGGAGCGAACCACAAACAGCUCCCAUGCCAACGGUGCUGCCCAGGCUCCCCGUUCCAUGCAGUGGGCUGUACGGAACACCCAGAACCAGAGGACUACCAGCACAGCUCCCUCUAGUACGUCAACCCCAGCAGCAAGUUCAGCGGGCUUGAUUUAUAUUGACCCCUCAAACCUUCGUCGGAGUGGUACCAUCAGCACAAGUGCAGCAGCAGCUGCUGCAGCACUUGAAGCCAGCAAUGCAAGCAGCUAUUUAACAUCUGCAAGCAGCUUAGCAAGAGCAUACAGUAUUGUGAUACGGCAGAUAUCUGAUCUGAUGGGUCUGAUUCCCAAAUACAAUCACUUAGUAUACUCCCAGAUUCCAGCUGCAGUGAAGCUGACUUACCAAGAUGCAGUUAACUUGCAGAAUUAUGUGGAAGAAAAGCUUAUUCCUACUUGGAAUUGGAUGGUCAGUAUCAUGGACUCUACUGAAGCUCAGCUGCGUUAUGGUUCAGCUUUAUCAUCUGCUGGCGAUCCUGGGCAUCCAAAUCAUCCUCUCCAUGCUUCUCAGAACUCAGCUAGAAGGGAAAGGAUGACAGCCCGUGAGGAAGCCAGCUUGAGAACACUUGAGGGAAGAAGACGUGCUACUUUGCUCAGUGCCCGUCAGGGAAUGAUGUCAGCACGCGGUGAUUUCCUGAACUACGCACUGUCCUUGAUGCGUUCUCACAACGAUGAGCACUCAGAUGUUCUUCCUGUACUAGAUGUCUGCUCUCUAAAGCACGUAGCAUAUGUUUUUCAAGCCCUUAUUUAUUGGAUUAAAGCAAUGAAUCAGCAGACAACACUGGAUACUCCUCAGCUGGAAAGGAAAAGAACUCGUGAGCUUUUGGAACUGGGUCUUGACAACGAAGAUUCAGAACAUGAAAAUGAUGAUGAUACCAAUCAAAGUGCUACACUCAACGACAAAGAUGAUGACACUCUCCCAGCAGAGACUGGCCAAAACCAUCCAUUUUUCAGGCGCUCAGACUCUAUGACAUUCCUGGGCUGCAUUCCACCCAAUCCUUUUGAGGUUCCUCUGGCAGAGGCCAUCCCCUUGGCAGACCAGCCACAUCUAUUACAGCCAAAUGCUCGCAAAGAGGAUCUGUUCGGCCGACCCAGUCAGGGUCUGUACUCGUCUUCUGCCAACAGUGGCAAAUGCUUAGUGGAAGUUACAGUGGAUAGAAACUGCCUUGAGGUUCUUCCAACUAAAAUGUCUUACGCAGCCAACUUAAAAAAUGUCAUGAGCAUGCAAAAUCGGCAGAAGAAGGAAGGGGAAGAACAAAAUGUGCCUACAGAAGAAUCUGAGAGUUCAAAGCCAGGACCUUCAGCUCACGAUCUUGCAGCACAACUGAAAAGCAGCUUGUUGGCAGAGAUAGGAUUGACAGAAAGUGAAGGGCCACCCCUCACAUCUUUCAGGCCUCAGUGUAGCUUCAUGGGCAUGGUUAUUUCUCAUGACAUGUUGCUGGGACGUUGGCGCCUUUCUUUGGAGUUGUUUGGUAGAGUGUUCAUGGAAGAUGUUGGAGCAGAGCCUGGAUCGAUCUUGACUGAAUUAGGUGGCUUUGAAGUAAAGGAAUCGAAAUUCCGCAGGGAGAUGGAAAAACUUAGAAACCAGCAAUCAAGGGAUUUAACAUUGGAGGUUGAUCGAGACAGAGAUCUUCUAAUUCAGCAGACCAUGAGGCAGCUGAACAAUCAUUUUGGUCGCAGGUGUGCUACCACUCCGAUGGCUGUACACAGAGUGAAAGUUACUUUUAAGGAUGAACCCGGAGAAGGCAGCGGUGUAGCACGAAGCUUUUAUACUGCUAUUGCACAGGCUUUUCUGUCAAAUGAGAAACUGCCAAAUCUAGAUUGUAUUCAGAAUGCCAACAAGGGUACCCAUACAAGUCUGAUGCAGAGAUUGCGAAAUAGGGGCGAGAGAGAUCGGGAAAGGGAGCGAGAGAGAGAAAUGCGGAGAAGUAGUGGCUUGCGAACUGGUUCUCGGAGAGAUAGGGAUAGGGACUUCAGAAGACAACUGUCCAUUGACACACGGCCUUUUAGACCAGCAUCAGAAGGAAAUCCCAGCGAUGACCCUGACCCUCUCCCAGCACACAGACAAGCCCUUGGAGAACGGCUCUACCCUCGAGUGCAAGCAAUGCAACCAGCAUUUGCAAGUAAAAUCACAGGAAUGUUGUUGGAAUUGUCUCCUGCUCAGCUGCUUCUGUUACUAGCUAGUGAAGAUUCCCUUAGAGCGAGAGUUGAUGAAGCAAUGGAACUCAUUAUUGCUCAUGGCAGGGAGAACGGUGCUGACAGUAUAUUGGAUCUUGGAUUGCUAGACUCUUCAGAUAAAGUACAGGAAAAUAGAAAGCGACAUGGAUCCAGCCGCAGUGUAGUAGAUAUGGAAUUGGAUGAUACAGAUGAUGGGGAUGAUAACGCACCGCUUUUCUACCAACCUGGAAAACGAGGAUUUUAUACACCAAGACCUGGUAAAAACACAGAAGCAAGGCUGAAUUGUUUCCGAAACAUUGGCAGAAUCCUAGGAUUGUGCUUGUUGCAGAAUGAAUUAUGUCCCAUCACGUUAAAUAGACAUGUAAUCAAAGUUCUACUUGGCAGAAAGGUGAACUGGCACGACUUUGCUUUUUUUGACCCAGUUAUGUAUGAAAGCCUUCGGCAGCUCAUCCUCGCAUCCCAGAGCACAGAUGCUGAUGCAGUGUUUGCAGCAAUGGAUUUAGCCUUUGCAAUAGACCUGUGUAAGGAGGAGGGUGGAGGGCAGGUUGAGCUUAUUUCUAAUGGUGUAAAUAUACCAGUCACUCCUCAGAAUGUAUACGAGUAUGUCCGGAAAUAUGCAGAACACCGAAUGUUGGUAGUAGCAGAGCAGCCUCUACAUGCAAUGAGGAAGGGGCUCCUGGAUGUACUUCCAAAGAAUUCAUUAGAAGAUUUGACAGCAGAAGAUUUCAGACUUUUGGUAAAUGGCUGUGGUGAAGUAAAUGUGCAGAUGCUAAUCAGCUUUACCUCUUUCAAUGAUGAAUCAGGAGAAAAUGCUGAGAAGCUUUUGCAAUUCAAGCGUUGGUUUUGGUCCAUAGUUGAGAAGAUGAGUAUGACUGAAAGACAAGAUCUGGUUUACUUUUGGACCUCAAGUCCAUCAUUGCCUGCCAGCGAGGAGGGGUUCCAGCCUAUGCCAUCGAUCACAAUAAGGCCACCAGAUGACCAACAUCUUCCAACAGCAAACACUUGCAUUUCUCGCCUUUAUGUCCCACUCUAUUCCUCUAAGCAGAUUUUGAAACAAAAAUUGUUACUCGCCAUUAAGACCAAGAAUUUUGGUUUUGUGUAGAGUAUAAAAAGUGUGUAUUGCUGUGUAAUAUUACUAGCUAAGUUUUGUAGAUUUUUCCAUUUGUCUAUAAAAGUUUAUGAAAGUUAAUGCUGUCAUACCCCUGGUGGUACUUCAAAGAUUUAAAUGCAAACAUUCCUGUACUAAAUUUGUAACAUAAAGGCCUAAGGAGCACUAGCAAUAUGUGAUUGCAACAGUUUGCUAGUCAGUAACUCCUUUGCCUAACCCCAGCCAAAGAUGACAGCAGAACAAUAUAAUUUACACUGUGAUUUAUCUUUUUGCUGAGGGAAAAUAUGUAAAAUGUUCUGAAAAUUCACUGCUGCCUUUGUGGAAAGUGUUUCAGCAAAGGUUCUUGUAUAGAGGGAGUAGGGAAUUUCAAAAUAAAAAAUUAAGUAUGUUCUGUGUUUUUAACUUUUUUUAUGGUGUUUAAUUUGUGGUUGGCUGCAGUUGUGUAUCAUGUAUAUUGAACUUGUAAAAAGUUCCUGACAGCUCAGAUCCCGGAGUUGGGAUUGUUCACUUAUGAAACCACUUCCAUUGCAAUUUUUGUUCUAUUGCAUUGAACUCUGGCACAUCAGAUACCAUCACUAAUAUUUUGCAUGUAAUCUGUACCUUUAGUGUUUUUUUUUUCCCUGUACAUAUUUGAUGAGGCCAAUGCACAGUAUUUCAUAGUUCACAAUCAACAUUUUUGUAUCCUUGUUACAGUGAACAGACAGUCAGGAGAUUGUUCCACUACCAGUUCUAACCCAACACUUGUACUACAUUAUCUAACUAUGUAAACUCAGCCUGGGCACUUUCUGGUAACUGUAAAAUGUUUAUAAGAUCAUGAUUAUUGGAGAUAACAUUUUUUGGAAAACUUUAAUGUUCGUGAGCUGCUUAACUUCUUUUGUAUCUAGCCUUUUUUUAAGUAUCUUGUUACAGUUUUUUAAUAAAGAAAUUACAGACAAAAUACCAAGUCAUACUGAAGAAACAAUAGUUUUUAUUUAUUAAGCCAUUUAUACUUUAGCUAACAGCAUACACUAAACAUAGUUGGUCAUUAAAAAUCUGAAUUGUGUAGCUGAAAAAUUGACAUGCAGAAGACAUUUAGCCUACAUUUUACAGUUAGCAGAGAAUCCUGAAAGAAAUGGGCCAGGCAACCCCUCCUUUUAACAGAAUUGGUUUGAAGGAAAAGUGGCUUGUUCUGAAAACUCUCAAGGCAAUUAGGUUAGAAUAAAAUUCUCAAACGUCAUUGUAGUGAGUUCUACUGUAUGUUCACUUUUGAAGUGCUUGGUUAGUUUUGGGAAGGGCAGUCUUUGACCAUGAUCUAGGAUUUCUUUUCCCUAAGGCUUGAGAGAUUUUUGAGUUAGAAAUUGAUUGAUGAAGAAAGGAGCUACUUUUUCUGUGUCAAAAUAAAUUUAUGAAAGCUUAGCAGACUGAAACAUUGAGGAAUAAGAACUUUUGUGGUGGUGAUGUUCUUCUUUCUUGCUUCUCCAAUCCCAUUAGUCCAUAUUAAUGAAUUUUUUCCCUUCCUUUUGUUGGGAAGAGCUGAAGUAAUGUUCCAUCCAAAUCCUAGUAGAACUCACCUUUGCCAGAGCUCCUGGGUGUUCCUUUCUGUCAGCUAGUUGUAGGAUGACCAAAAGUUACCUACAUCUGAUUUUCAAAAAAGCCUCUUCAUUUAUUUAGUUGCUAAAGGUAUGGAGUACAGUUGAUACCACAAAUUCUGAUCACCAGUUGCCAAAUUGAUGCUGAAAAUCCUCUUUUCUAAAUAAGGCAGAUUGUUUCAGGCUUGUGUAGUUAAACUGCAGAUAAAUAAAGAGAUGUAGAAUUAUUUCUGCAGGUACUAAUACUUCCUCUAAAUCGAUCAUCCUAGAAAAGGAUAGUUUCAAUGUAUGAGGAUUGGAGCUAGAUUUCCUCUUGUGACCUCCAGUGUAUCUUAAGUUCAAAACUGAUUUUACUAUGCUAAAAAGAAAAUGCAGUACAGCCUCACAAAUCUAGGUAGAGGUAUUUUAGUGUAGAGAAAAUUAAUGCUGGUGUAUGGCUGUUCUCUUAUACUAAGGAGGAUAAGUUACAAAGGUACAAAGCAACAUCUACCUUAUGCCUGGCUAUCAAACUGCUGUGAUUAUUUCCACUACCAAAAUGGCCUCUAACUGGAAUGUGCAAAGUUAGUAGAAAGCAACAAAAGAAACUGUUUAGAAUAGGCAUCAAAACUCCAGUCUGUAAAAUAAAGCUCCCUCCCUCACAAAGCUUUGUGAGGCUUGAUGUACUAAGAAUUAUCCAAGGCCCUUGGAUGAAAGGCCAUAUAUACAUGUAAAGUACUGUGUAUAUAUAUAUGUAUUGUGUGUAUAUGUAUAUAAGUGUAUGUGUAUGUAUAACAUAUAAAUAUAUGUUAUAUGUAUAUAUA